ACCUACAGAAGAUCACCGCUGCCAAAUCAACAGUAUAAACUCUAGAAGAAAGUUGGUAACCACUCAUCAUUCUCCUCAAAACAACAGCAGGGUGGCCAUAGCAGCCAAAUGAUGGACUAGCCGACAAGAGACGAUGGAGGGGGUCGAACAAGCUGCUUCUGCUAAGAACAGUGAGAGUCUGGCAGAGCUGUCUGUUGUACAAAGUACUGUAGCCUUAGAUGGGCUUUCUGAUGAUCAGCCAUCACCACAGUCUGACCUUAACCUUCCCCACGUCACAGACGACACGGCCUGGUUGAUGGUUCAAGAAGAGCCGACGUCGUCCGAGCUCAGAGAGCUCGGUUCCGCCUCAGGAGAGGAGGGAGAGAGCGGAGAGAAUGUAGACAGCCAUGAAACCAAAGCAUCACUCAGAAACAAGCGAGCGCUGAGUACGAGUGAUCAGAAUGGAAAGGAAGCUGAAAAAAAUAAAGCACCAAAGAAGAGCUGUGCUUCUGUAACAACCAGCACAUUACAAGACCCAGUUCAGAGCUCGACUCUGUCACUGUCUGAUCAUUUGAAGUUGGGCCGGGAUGCUGCCGAUGGAACAGGAAUGAACGUGGAGUGCAGGAUAUGUGGAGACAAAGCUUCGGGUUUCCACUAUGGUGUUCAUGCUUGUGAGGGAUGUAAGGGAUUUUUUAGACGCACUAUUCGUAUGAAGUUAGAGUACGAGCGCUGUGAACGCAUCUGCAAAAUCCAGAAAAAGAAUCGCAAUAAGUGUCAAUACUGCCGUUUCCAGAAGUGUCUGGCUCUCGGGAUGUCUCACGAUGCUAUCCGGUAUGGACGUAUGCCUGAGGCAGAAAAGAAGAAGCUAGUGGCAGGGCUGCUAGCAGGAGAGAAGAGUCUGCUGAGCCCAGGAGGCUCUGAUCUCAAAACCUUGGCUAAGCAUGUGAAUACAGCCUAUCUGAAGAAUCUCAACAUGACCAAGAAGAAGGCUCGAAGCAUUCUUACUGGCAAAACCACCUGCACACCGCCCUUUGUAAUUCAUGAUAUGGACUCGCUGUGGCAGGCAGAGAAUGGCCUUGUCUGGAACCAGUUAAACGGUGCACCUCCAAACAAAGAAAUCGGAGUCCAUGUCUUCUACCGCUGCCAGUGCACCACUGUGGAAACCGUUCGAGAGCUCACAGAGUUUGCCAAAAACAUCCCAGGCUUUGUAGAUCUCUUUCUUAAUGAUCAGGUAACGCUGUUAAAGUAUGGCGUACACGAAGCCAUUUUUGCAAUGCUGCCAUCUCUCAUGAAUAAAGAUGGACUCCUAGUAGCUAACGGAAAGGGCUUCGUGACGAGAGAGUUCUUGCGUAGCCUUCGCAAACCCUUCAGUGAAAUUAUGGAGCCCAAGUUUGAGUUUGCUGUGAAGUUUAAUGCCCUCGAGCUGGAUGAUAGUGACCUGGCUCUGUUUGUGGCAUCUAUUAUACUGUGUGGAGACCGUCCUGGACUUAUGAACGUAAAGCAGGUGGAGCAGAUCCAGGACAGCAUCCUUCAGGCUCUGGACCAGCACCUCCAGACUCACCAUCCUGACUCAGUCCAUCUCUUUCCCAGACUGCUGCAAAAGAUGGCUGACCUGCGACAGCUAGUCACAGAGAACGCUCAGCUUGUUCAAAUGAUUAAAAAGACUGAAUCGGAGACUUCGUUGCAUCCACUUCUACAGGAAAUCUAUAAGGACAUGUAUUAAUUUUUAUGACUGUAAGACUUUGGUCCUGAAUUAAGAAAUGUUGCUGCACACAGGUGUCCAUGGUGCUGCCUAUGCCAUAAAAUUUUUAUAUUGACACACAUGGAGCUUUAUCAAAUACUGUUUAAAAACUGACUAUUUUCUUACAGGGAGAUCUUUUUGUUUUUUCAGAACUCUUAAAUUUUUGUGACAGGUAAACCUCAGAUUUUGACUUUUUAACAGCAGAGUAAUAUUACAAAACUACCCAGAAUAUAACUAUUCUGAGAAGAAGAAUUUUAAAACAUUUAAAUAUUUUAAAUAUAAAAAUUUAGGAGUCGUGAAGGUUGUUUCUAAUUUUUAGAUUCAUUUAUUACUUAACACUUAUUUAUCAUGGCCACAUGUACCUCACAGUUUAAUUUUGUGGUUUUGUUUUGAUCCGAUCAAUAUGAAAACUGUAAUACUGCUUGCUAAGAUAACAAUUAAUUGCUUCACUUUAUAGUUCAUACUAAAGCUAAUGUUUACACUACAUGUUUUUCCCUGCAUGACCAGAAGUGUUUUAUUUCAUUAGUGUAAACAGCUGAAACGACUUCAAUUAGGACCUUUUCAGUUUUGUUCUGGACCACAUAUGUGGCACUGAAAUUCUAAAUGUGGCUGAUAUAUGCUAUUGUAACCUCGGUCAGACCUUGUCAGAUCAAAAGUCCUGCAAUUUGUAUGUUCUUUCUUUCUUCUUCUUCUUCUUCAUAUUCUUCUUCUUCUUUUUUUUCUUCUUAUUGUUAUUAUCUUACCAUCCAUCUUGUUGUUGGCUGUUCUCUUCCUUUUUACCUUCGUUUUUCCAGGCAUAAUUGCCUUUUCCAGUUGGUUCUUCUCAUAAUGUGUCCAAAAUAAGAGCACUUCAGUUUGGUUAUCUGUACUUUGAGAGAGAGGUUCGGUUUGAUUUGGUCAAGGAUCCAUCUCUUUGUCUUCUUUGCCAUCCAAGGUCCUCCUAAUUAUAUUGAUUGAAUUAUAUCAUAGCUUGUGUACUGCAAUUACUCUAAAAAUUCCUCAAAAUAUAAAUGAGCCAUUCAUUCAACAUGCUACCACAAAAAUCAUAAGAUGUUUCAUUAACUUGCAGUGAAGUAAAUAUAGGUAAUUAAUAUUUAGCCAGUUUUUUUGGAUAAUUACUGUAAGGGUAAAAACCUUUCAUUGUAAACAAUGCUAGUGGUUCCCCUUAACUUUAAUGUGCAUUGAAUAGAUUUUUUUUGUUUUAAUAGACUGAUGUUUGAAAACUAACAAAGAGUAUGGGAUCUAAAACAAAUGCUACUGAAAAUAUGUGAUACAAAUGUUAUUAAUAUUGCAACAGUAAUAAAAACCACAGAAAAUUUGAUUUAGGCAGAAUAUUCAGUACACAGCGCAAAAGCAUGUACUUUUUAUGUUAAUUCAUUAUCUGCUCACCCAAUGAAACAGAUUUUUAUUAAUUUUAUUAACAAUAUUUGUUAUUCUGUGAUUUUUAUGUAUUUCCCCGAACAGAAUGUCACCUAAAAGUGUUUAGACUGUUUAGCUAUUAACCCUGUCGAUAUGAGACUUGUGUAUUAACACCAAUCUUAUAUCUGUAGUAUAUUUCAUCUAUAUUUUUGUAGAUCAUAACCAUGUCCUAUUUGAAGGCUUUUAGAUUGUACCAUGUGUUAAACAUUGCCACUUGAUGCUGAAAGGCUAAAAAGCACAAUAUAAAUAACAUGUAUACACAGUGAAAUGUUAAAUCUGGUUAAUGUGCAAUUUUGUGCUGAAUACACAAACCUUUCACGCA